AUGUCCAAAUUUGAUAAAAUGUUGGUAGCUUUGAUCAUCUUUGCACUCUUACCCAACAUUAUCCAAGUGGAUGCCAACUUUUCCAAGAGUAUGCACCUCACUUGGGGAGUUCAACAUGCGUCAAUUCAGGGUGAAGACCUUCAUCUUGUGUUGGAUAAAACCUCAGGGUCAGCUGCUCGAUCGAAGAGAUCAUUCUUAUUUGGAAGCAUUGAAAUGCUAAUCAAGCUGGUACCUGGUAAUUCUGCCGGCACAGUUACAGCAUACUAUUUAUCCUCUCCGGGAAGUCAGCAUGAUGAGAUAGACUUUGAGUUCUUGGGAAACAGUACAGGACAACCAUACACUGUCCAUACUAACUUAUACACAAAAGGAAAAGGAGGCAAAGAGCAACAAUUUUACCUCUGGUUUGACCCUACGGCUGAUUUUCACAAUUACACCAUUCACUGGAAUCCCACAGAAAUUGUGUGGUAUGUUGAUGGUGUGCCAAUCCGUGUUUUCCGAAACCAGGAAAAAGAGGGCGUUCCUUACCCAAACAAGCAAGGAAUGAGGGUUUACACCAGCCUAUGGAAUGCAGACAACUGGGCAACCAGAGGCGGCCUUGUUAAGACAGACUGGAAUCACGCACCAUUCACGGCCAGAUUCCACCAUUUCAGAGCAAGGGCUUGUAAGUGGGUUGGAGCGAGUAGCAUCCAUCAAUGUGCCUCCAAUGCCCCUGCAAAUUGGUGGACUUCCCCCAGAUACAAGAAGCUGAGCCACACCCAGAUGGGGCAGCUGAAUUGGGUCAGAGAGAAUUACAUGAUCUAUGAUUACUGCACAGAUAAGAAAAGAUUCAACGGACACAUGCCUCCAGAAUGUUUUAAACCACAAUACUAA